UGUACAGUCACGUGGUGAAGAUUAUAUACACUAGUGAAUGACAAUGCCCUAGUCAAUAUAAUGUAGACCCCUGAAGAAGGUGUAGAUUUUUCCUGACGUUGACUGUGAACGCAGUCAGUCGUGUAUCUUAACCUUUUCUCUGAAGGCCUAAACAAAGAUGAAAUAGGUGAAACCAUGAGUGACUCCAGUGGAGGAAACCCUGAAGAUGAGAGAAUACUUCUGGUGAAAUCCAUCUCUUCUCUCACUGAAACGGAAGAAACUCUCCUGAGCAGAGCAAGAGAUUUACUUAAGGAGUCUUUGUCGGUGUUUGUUGAGGAAAAGAUUGGACUGCUAUUCAAGAUUGUUUCAACAUAUAGAGACGUUCUACAAAGACAUGGACUGAAAACAAAAGUGGAAUUGAACCGAUACAUACAGAAGUAUUACAGGCACCCCGAGGUCAGAGAGGCAGCAGAUGAAUGGCAGGACCUCGAGAGAGAAUGGGAUGACUUUCUCGGUGACAUAGACAAGGAGUUGGAUACGGAGCAGGAUGUCCUAUUAAACCCAGGCGAAGAGGGUCCUGUGGAUGUGUCACUAGUGGAUGCCCGGACUGGAAAGGCCACAACUCUACAGAGUUACCUCCCUUCAUCGAGCCUGACUCUGGUCUUUCUGCGUCAUUUUGCCUGACUACCUUGACGAGAUCACGUGGCACAGCUUCUAGCUCACCAGGAGGAGUUUUCUGCAGCAGGAAGCAAGGUGCUCGUGAUCUCGUUCGGAGCUAAGGAGGGGGCAGAGAAGUGGAUGGCAGAAACUGGGUGUACAUUUGACAUGCUGCUGGAUGCUGAGAGAAAGUUGUAUAAAGCAUUCUCGUUGAAGAGAUCUGUUUUGAAGGUGUGGAGUUUAUCCUGCCUGGUCUACUAUGCCGAGCAAAUGGUCGCAGGACGAGAGUUACCUGCCCCUUACGAGGACAUCAAAGAUGACCCACAUCAGAUGGGAGGGGACUUCACGCUGGACAAGGACGGGAGGAUGAAGCUCAUCUACCGCAGCGCGACCGCCAAAGACAGACCGUCUAUUGAUGCCCUUCUCCAGUCUGUCAAGGACAUGAACUCUACAGGGGACCUGUAGCUCACCUUGUCUCUCUAGGAAAUGAAAGCUUGAAGCAUUUCUGUGCUGAUGAAUGAAGGUCAAGGUCUAAACCAAUAUGGCUGCCACGACUGGACAAAAGAGUCAGUGAAGUGGAAUGUUUCAAUAUUUCAUGACACACUUCAUAAUAUUCAAGAUAUAAGAUCAACUUUCUAUUUCACUGCAAUGUCCACAUUAAUCCCUAUAUGUAUGUUAAAGGAAUGCCUAGGAUUUACUUGACGGCACUGUUUCAUGACUUAUGCGUUUCCGAACAAGGAAGCGUAAUACCUACCUCGUACGUGAAAUCUCUUGUGAAUGAUGUGAUUUCAUUCAUUGAUGAUUCUCUAUCAGUUUCAUGAUUCUCCACCAGUUUCAUUUUUCUCCACCAGUUUCAUAAUUCUCCAUUUGUUUCAUAAUUCUCCAUCAGUUUCAUGUUACAUUGCAAUGGCUGCCAAUACCUUUGUCGCAGUGGAGCCCUGUUUAUUGUUUCAACAAAGUCUGAGAGAAGUGAAAAGAUUGGUCACCACAACGAAUCAUAGUAUUAUCAUUGUGUGUUAACAACCAAUCAGAGACCUCGUCACUGAGUAAUGGAUGUAUUUUAACACUAUGUGAAUUGAAAGUAUGGCUCUCAUUGGUCAGUUUAUUCUUGCUGCAGAAUGCUUCAUGACAUGUGCGAUAUUUUGUGCAUGUAAAUUAUUUGUGAAAAAAAUGACCAAAAUCGUAAUUUAUAGGACAAACAUAAUAGCGUAACUUUAGCCUCAAAAUCGUAACUAUUACACCCAAAACAUAAUGGUUGAUAUCUCUGCAGUAGUGACUGCUUGAAUAGAACAUGCACCUAUCCUGCCGUUGUAUUGCUUGUUCAGGUACCGGUACUAUUGAAAUCAAGUUUUAUUGUUGUUUGUUGUAUUCAAAUGGGAAGUGCUAUUUUAGUGUCAAUACGUUUUUAAGGCACUCAAUGUGAUGACACAGCACAAAACUAUUGUGUGUCAUAUUGUGUUUUAUGCAGAUAUUCCAUGGCUUAGCUUUAUGUCUUUUGAUGAUUUGGCCUGAAAUAGUAUACACUGUGACAACAAACUUAAUUGUAAAAUGACUCGUCUGUUGGCUGUUGUUACAUUUCUGAUCUGUUAAGGAAUGUUGCGGAUGGUUUAAGGGCCCAGGCAUUACUUCAGCUGAUAUUUCUUUGAGCUGUCUACAUAUAGAUAAUUUAUUUUUAAACUAUAAGAAAUAAAUUUAUAUAUAUAUAUAUCUA